CCUACGACACAUCAUUGAAAGCUCAACUGUUGAACGUUUGAUAUCGCACACGAAUCAGGAAAAAUGAUAUUUCAUCGUAUCGUCUGGAUAAUUUUCUUCUCGCUGAUUCUAUAUAUGUGCAACGGAAUGUCCCACUUCCAGGAUUGCGCCAACAAACUACUAAGCAACGAUAAAACGCUGCAGUGCAAAGUGAGCAAACUGGAGGUCGAUGGUAAUGCGCCAAAAGUUACAGAAUACAUGAACUGUGCUUUUGAUGGUUCUGGGUGGACCCGAAAUGGGGGCAAACAUUUGGAUGCCUCAAAGGUAGCAACCGAUAUGAUUCCUUACGGUUUUAACAUUGUAAAUGAAGUGGGCGAAGUAACCAAGGAAUGUGAAAUUGAGUUCGGAGCGGAUAUCAGUGCGAUUGAUUACCUGUCCUGUUUGCUCAUCGAUGAAAGAACGAAAAAGGGAUUCCGAAUGAUGCUAAUGUUUAAGGAAGCAGAGUUUUUUAAACAAAAUCUUUGUAAAUAGAUAAAUAAAUAGAGCAUCAAUACAUAUUCGAAAUA